AUGGCGCUGGCGGCGGCCCGAGCGCGGGUGCUGCGCGCCCUCAGCCGCCCGCUCCCGCCGGCGCGGCUGCCAGCGGGCGCCUGGCGCUGCCGCAGCGACACGGGGGGUCCCGCCGCGCUGCUCCCGCCCGACGAGUACAGGGCCUGGCAGGAGCGGGCGGCCCGCGACCCCGCCGGUUUCUGGGCGGAGGUGGCACGGGGGACCCUGCGCUGGGACAGCCCCUUCCACACCGCCUGCCGGACCGGACCGGCCGCCGGCGCCGUCCGCUGGUUCCUUGGUGGCCGCCUCAACGUCUCGGUGAAUUGCUUGGAUCAACAUGUGGAAAAGUCUCCAGACAGAGUGGCUUUGAUUUGGGAGAGAGAUGAGCCUGGAACUGCAGUGCAUGUCACAUACAGGGAACUGCUGGAUCUCACUUGCCGUCUUGCCAACACCCUGAAGAAAUAUGGGAUACAGAAAGGGGACAAGGUGGCCAUCUAUAUGUCCGUGUCUCCCUUGUCUGUGGCAGCCAUGCUGGCUUGCGCCAGGAUUGGUGCCGUUCACACUGUGGUCUUCGCUGGAUUCAGCGCUGAGUCCUUAGCUGGGAGGAUCAUGGACUCUGAAUGCAAAGCAGUUAUCACCUACAACCAGGGAGUCAGGGGAGGCCGAAUCGUAGAGCUGAAGAUGACCGUGGAUGAAGCUGUGAAGAACUGUCCAAGCAUCAAACACGUCUUUGUAGCUCAAAGGACAGAUAACAAAGUCCAUAUGGGUGACUGUGAUAUUCCCCUUGAGGAGGAGAUGGCCAAGGCAUCUUCUGUAUGCACUCCAGAGAGCAUGGACAGCGAAGACAUGCUUUUCAUGCUUUAUACCUCGGGCAGCACUGGGAAACCCAAAGGAAUCGUUCACAGCCAGGCUGGAUACCUACUGUACGCUGCUCUCACGCACAAGUAUGUAUUUGACUACCAGCAAGGCGAUGUUUUCGGCUGUGUGGCUGACAUUGGCUGGAUCACAGGACAUAGCUAUGUUGUGUAUGGACCACUCUGCAAUGGAGCUACCUCUGUCCUGUUUGAAAGUACUCCAGUGUACCCUGACCCAGGUCGUUACUGGGAAGUGGUGCAAAGGUUGAAAAUCAAUCAGUUUUAUGGAGCUCCUACGGCCAUACGUUUGCUGUUGAAUUAUGGAGAAGAAUGGGUGAAGAAAUACGACAGAUCUUCCUUGAAGACAUUAGGAUCAGUGGGAGAGCCCAUCAACCAUGAAGCUUGGCAGUGGUUCUACUAUGUGGUGGGAGAAGGCCGCUGUACUCUUGUCGACACGUGGUGGCAAACAGAAACCGGUGGCAUCUGCAUUGCCCCACGGCCUUCAGAGGAGAAAGCUGAGAUCGUCCCGGCUAUGGCUAUGAGACCUUUCUUUGGGAUUGUGCCUGUGCUGAUGGACGAGAAUGGAAAGGUAAUAGAGGGCAACGAUGUGUCUGGUGCACUCUGCAUUGCCCAGCCAUGGCCUGGCAUGGCAAGAACAAUCUAUGGAGAUCACCAGCGAUAUGUUGAUGCCUAUUUCAAAGCCUACCCAGGUUACUACUUCACCGGGGAUGGUGCUUACAGGACCAAGAAAGGCUAUUACCAGAUAACGGGGCGCAUGGAUGAUGUCAUUAACGUCAGUGGACACAGGCUGGGAACGGCAGAGAUAGAAGAUGCAAUGGCUGAUCACCCAGAGGUCCCUGAGACAGCUGUGAUUGGGUAUCCACACAAGAUCAAAGGAGAAGGUGCCUUUGCUUUCAUAGUGCUAAAGGAACAGACAGCUCAUAUAGACCGUGUCAAAGAAGAGCUCAAAACCAUAGUGGCUUCCAAGAUAGCGAAAUAUGCAGUGCCUGACCACAUUUUGGUGGUGAAACGUCUUCCUAAAACCCGAUCAGGGAAGAUCAUGAGAAGGCUACUGAGGAAAGUAGUCACUGAACAAUCAAGCAACAUGGGAGAUGUCACUACCCUUGAUGAUCCGACUGUUGUCAAGGAGAUACUGGAUGCUUACCAGAAAUACAAGGAGAAGAGCUCCUCAUAACAGGCCUCUGGAAAUGUGGAACGUCUCAAAUAACCAGGCAGACAACAUAGUUGUCUCUUGGUGUGUUUUCUAAAAACACCGUUCCCUUCUAGGGAGCAAGAUUUUACACUCCACAACGUAUUUUGAGAUGCACAAAGUCAGGAGCAAUCUGCAGCUUUGCACAGUCAGUAAGUUUCCUGUCAUUGCUUUUAGGGCUGUUGUAGAGCAUUGGUGAUAGCUCUGAUGGAAUUUAAUACUAGCUGAAGCAAGCUGCAGAUGUUAAUGUUUCUCAUUUUAAUGUUACUGUACAGGGAUAUGUUUUUAUACAAUACUUUUGCUGUUUUAAAAUAGACUUCUUCGAUUUUUCCUUCAGCUUGGACAUCUGAGUUCAAGCAGCUGUAUUUCACUGCAACUGUUGUGCCUUUCCAGCAAUAGUGGAUAUUCCAGUAGAUGUUUCAUGUAUGUUACUAGAGAAAUGAGGAGGACAUGACUAGUCUGGUAAUUCUUUCCUGUGUUUACCUGGUUGUUGUAAUACCUCCUUUAACUUUCCACUUAAGGAUUCAUUUCUACCACUGUAUGUCCUGGGACUUGCCAGAGAUGGUGAACCUAUGUCUCUUCAUGCCCCACUUAGGCAACCCAGCACUAGCACUUCCAGCUGCAAAUCUGGAAACUCCAAAGCCUACCUACAUGUCCUCAAUGCAUUGCGUGGGAGGGGUCUGGUCCCACAUGUUUUUAUUCUGCCUUGAGAAACUGAGAUCACUACCUGGGCUUUUCAAAUAACAGCUCUCUUCUUCAUUGCUGAUGACAACUGAAUCAGUGUUGUCCAGUGUGGUUCAAUUCUGCCUGUUAACAAUGGGGGUCUACAAGUGGUAGUUCCACGAAGAGGAAGGUAGUGCCUUUUAAUGAUAGCAUUCCAGACCAGCAACCUCAGAACUGCAGGGAACAGUAGCCUUUGUCUUUCAUAUACUUUCCAAAUUGGAACUAACAUGUUCAGUGCUUUAUUUCUGGACUCGUUUUAUCAUUAACACAUUUUGAUUGAAGCGCUUCUUAUAUUUGUGUUUUUCAGAAGAAUUUGUUAGUAGGUCUCCUGUCCUCCUACAGCACUGGAGGUCAUGGAAAAGCCUGUAGGUGCUGAACACCACUGCUAAAUUUGGUUCAAACUGGCUGAAAGUGGUGGUUGGACAGACCACAGAGCCUGCCAGGAAGGUAUAGGGGAGAACUCCAGCUCUCUCCAUAGGUGCAAAAACUCAAGGUAUAUGCCAGUGUAGCAUUGCAUGGUGCCAAUCCUGGAAGUGUAUGCCACAGAUGCUCAGGCAGAGCUUCUCCAUCUUAACCUUCCACAGCCAAGUGAACAGGCUGCCCAGAUGGGUUGUGGAGUCUCCUUCUCUGGAGACAUUCAGACCCCACCUGGACAAGGUCCUGUGUGACCUACGUGGUCCUGCUCUGUCAGGGGGAUUGGAGCAGAUUAUCUUUCAAAGGUCCCUUCCAUCACUUAAGAUUCUGUGAUUCUUCAACUGCUAACCAUCCAUUCCAGUACUGUUUCUGGGCUCACUCCAUCAAACCUUGCAGUCCUGCCUCUGUCUUUCUUAGGUGAUAGUCUGCUUAGUUUCACAGAGCUGUGUAAACCCCUCAGUAAUUGGCAGAAUCACCAAUUUUUGCCCUAGUUUUUCAGAGGUGACUUAUUGCUGAAUCUAACUGGAGCAGCACUGCCUUUUCCAGCGGGAAUGUGUGCUGGAAAGACAAUCUGUGCACCUAACUGGGGGGAAAGGCAAGAAAAAAAUGGCUAGGUGAUGCUGGGGGACUGAGAGAGAAGUGAUGAGAUGUUUGGCCAGCAGAUAAUUCUGGUACCAGGGGAAGCAGGCUCCUGGCAGUACAAUGUGUUCUCAAAGACAGGCGUGUUAUCUUAGAUCCCAGAGUUCCUCUGAGUACACUAGCUGCAUUCGCUUAUUCUUUUUAGAAACAUUUCUUUUAAAUGUCUCUAGGGACUGGGCAAUUCAGUAGGGACUAUCAGGCUUCAUUAAAAUUUUCAUCCUUCUCAUUGCAAUCCAUUUUUGCCUAAGGUAAGUAGACACCUCGUGGACUGUGGGAAGUGGAAGAUCAGAGGUUUGAUCGAGUUGACAGUAUGUUUUACCACUAUGAGUAUGCCACUAUGUAUAUCCUCUAUUGGCACUGCAAAGGGAAAAAAAACUAACCACUUCCUUCAGGGAUUUUUUUUUCAGCUGGGAUUUGAAAAGCCAGGAAUUGAUGCUUUUGACAGAAAAAAGGAGACUCCCUUCUUUAAACAGGUUGUCUCCACACAGUCUGAAAUACAGAGUGGAGGAAGAAGACUUUUGAACAAGAUUACACACUUUUACUUUAGUCAAGAAAGCAGGGGUGACCUAGUGGUCACAGACACACGAUCUAAUUCGUCUGAGCUGUUCCAUGAAGACGAGCUGUGUGAGGAGCAAUGUGCUUUGGUGCCUUGAGACGUUUGUCUCAAUACAAUUCCUCUGCUCAGGGACUGAGAGAUAGUAAAACCUAAUCAAUUCACAGCCAUGCCAAGUUGCAAACAAGCCUCUUGGUGUGAGCCACAGAAGCCUUACAAGCACUUCUGCUAAAAUCAUGUUACCAGCAUGUGCAGGACUGGAGCACCAUAUGCCUGACAUCCCAGUGCUAUGGUGGCCACUCUCUUCCUUGCCCAUUGCCUCACCUGAGCUGUGGUCCUUGUGGUGUCCAUCUGCUCUGAAGGCUGAAUUGAGCAUAUUCCUUAUUCUUUGGAUGUCCUGACUGUGAGCACUGGUGUGUGGUGACAGUGCUUUCUGCUCUGCGUGCAGCAGUCUGGCCCAUGCUGCCCAGGCUUGGGGGCUCAGGGAGGGCUUCAGCCUGCAGAACUGGCACUGAUGUCUAUGGUUCUUGACAUGCUGGGGAGGAGGCAGCUUGGAAGGACCCCAGGCCUGUAGUCUUAAGAGCUGAUCACCCAUCAGUGAAAGAGAUGAUGAUAGAUGGAGUACUCUACAGUGGCAUCAUUGGAGGCAACUGCAGAACUGUUGAAUUCUUCUAAGCCCUGAGUCACCUGUGGGUUAUUUGUCAGAUUGCCUUUCUAGCUUUGUUAAGAGACAUCUGGAGAGAAUUUUACUUGUGGCAGUUUGUUGCAAAGGGCAAAUGUGCUUAGUUGUUUUCCCCCGCACUCAGUUUUGCCAGUGACACCUGGUCAUGCUGCCUUUUCCCUCACUGGAGAUACAGACCAUGAUUUUCCUAAUUUUAGAAAGAGAAAGUCUGUCUUUUUAGAGAUGAGGUGUGUGUUGUACAGCCUAAUGUUAAGACUUUCAUUUGUUUUAUUGUAAUAAUGCUUUAAACACAUUCAUUGUCCUUGACCAAAACUGGUUUCUUCAAUGAUCUGUGUAUUCAUACUUUCAUUAAAGGAAGGAUCCCUCUCUG